GGAUGAGAGGGGAGGGGCGGGGGUACUGAGCCGGUCUCUCCUCUCUCUCUGCAGCAGCGGCCAUGCUGCUGUCCGCCGCCUGUCUCGGUGCAUCCCGGUCCUCCGCCGGUGUAACCUGCCUCCGCCGCACCCCUGAAUCCCGGCUCAGCGGACCGGCCUGGACCUGGUCGUAGCGGUUCAGUCCGCCUGGAGCCGCAGGGGCCACCGCACCAGACCGGAACACGGCACCGGGGGAAGACGAGAAAGCCUCCAUAGCAACAAACCGGUUUCACGGCAUUAUUGUGAUGGAGGGGUGUUGAGUGUGACCGGGACAAACCCGAUUACCAGGACUGCAGACCAUCGUGCGGGGACUAAAGCAGGACAGCUGAGACUCAGCGGGCUUGUACAGGGUCUGCACUACAAUGUACUGGCUUUAGAGUCGGCUCACUGGGACUACAGCUGGACUACUGGGACUGCAGGAAGGUCACUGCGAGGACACUGUGGAUUUCAUGGUUUUAAUAUUCUUCAUUCUAGCUUGAAAUUAGUUGGAGGAAAAACCUUCUGUGAAACAGUUGCUUAAGAACGAUAAGUCAGUUGAGGAUUAGCCCAUAACUGGACCAUCUGAGGUUCGGUGCCUCCAGGAGGGUCCAUCCACAGCCCUCACAGCUCUGAAGCAGCCUUUAGUCUCUGCAUCAAUGAAAUACUUGAAUUUGAGGAUUCUUUUAGCGGAGAAAGUUUUGUUUCGGGGUCUGACCGUGUUUCUUUAUUUACGUCUGUAGUGUAAAAGACACCACUGGAUUUACUGGUAUUGGGCCAGGCGCCUGACGCAUCCUGCAGGGACGAGUCCGUUCUCAGUUUAGAGUCUAAUUAUUCUGUUCUGUAACAAUCCAGAAACCAGGAGAAGAGUCACAGUUUGUUGCUGCUGGAAGAUGAAUCUUAAUUAGUGGGGCCUGGUUUUGAACGCUACUGGACCGGUAACUCAUCAUGUCUUUGAGUAAGACCCUCGAGCUGGAGCACUUUGACGAACGUGACAAAGCCCGCCGGGGACGCUCCACCCGCACCAAGAGAGAUGACUCCACUGCCAGCGCUGGCGGCGGGGGGUCCGGCCCCAGCUCCCGAGGCAGCAGCCUGGUCCCGAGCCCUGCCCACAGCGCCAACUGCAGCUACUACCGGACCCGCACCCUGCAGGCGCUCACCUCGGAGAAGAAGGCCAAAAAGGUCCGCUUCUACCGCAACGGGGACCGGUACUUCAAGGGUCUGGUGUACGCAGUGUCCGGUGACCGGUUCCGCUCCUACGAUGCCCUGCUGAUGGAGCUGACGCGCUCGCUGUCAGAUAACCUGCACUUGCCUCAAGGGGUGCGCACCAUCUACACUAUAGAUGGCAGCAAGAAGAUCAGCAGUAUGGACGAGCUGGUGGAAGGUGAGUGCUACGUGUGUGCCUCCAACGAGCCUUACCGCAAGGUCGACUACACCAAGAUCUCCAUCCCGAGCUGGAAGCCGGGUGCCAGCGCCGGGACAGGCUCCGCGAGCUCGAGCCGGCCCGCCACCACGUCCGCCGGGGUGUCGACGAGCGCCGCCGCCGCCGCCUCCAAAGAUCGUCCUGAAGGCCGUGAGGGCAGGGACAGCAAAGACUUCAUCAAGCCCAAGCUGGUGACGGUGAUCCGCAGCGGCGUGAAGCCUCGCAAGGCCGUGAGGAUCCUGCUGAACAAGAAGACGGCUCACUCCUUCGAACAGGUGCUGGCCGACAUCACGGAGGCCAUCAAGCUGGACUCUGGGGCUGUGAAGAGGCUGUACACGCUGGACGGCAAACAGCUGACCUGUCUGCAGGAUUUCUUCGGGGACGACGAUGUGUUCAUGGCGUGUGGGCUGGAGAAGUUUCGCUAUGCUCAGGACGACUUUGUCCUCACACACAGCAGCAAAGCACAAGCUUUUGUUAAUGAGUGCAGAGCCAAAGCUCGCUCUACCGCACCUCCAAAAACUCCCAAGUCUCCCAGCAGCUUCUCCUCCUCCUCCAGGACUCCACCCAAAGGCCCGUCCAGAACAAAGUCUCCCGGUCCAGCCAACGAGGCCUCUGGAUCGCAGUCAGCCGGGAAGUCGUCCCGGUCGAGCGUGUCCCCCACCAGCCCGGGUUCACGACGCAGUCUCAAGAUGUCUCCUGGUCGCGUUUCCUCCACAGACGUAAACGGAGAAGCCGAGCAGCCCGACGACGACGCCGCCGCCGCCAUCGAAGUGAACGGCAAUCGCUCCGUGUCUUCCUCCCUCAUCAACGAGAAGUACCAAGUGGGAAAGGUGAUCGGAGACGGAAACUUUGCUGUGGUCAAAGAGUGCGUGGAGAGGUCGACGGGUCAGGAGUUCGCUCUGAAGAUCAUCGACAAAGCUCGCUGCUGUGGGAAGGAGCAUCUCAUAGAAAAUGAGGUGGCGGUGCUGCGCAGGGUUCGACAUCCCAGCAUCAUCGAGCUGAUCGAGGUGGACGAAACGCCCAGUCAGCUGUUCCUGGUCAUGGAGCUCGUCAAGGGCGGCGACCUGUUUGACGCCAUCACCUCCUCCACAAAGUACAGCGAGCGCGACGCCAGCGCCAUGGUGUUCAACCUGGCCGGAGCCAUCAAAUAUCUGCACCGCAUGAACAUCGUCCACCGAGACAUCAAGCCAGAGAACCUGCUGGUGUGCGAGUAUCCGGACGGCACCAAGUCACUGAAGCUCGGGGACUUCGGUUUGGCGACGGUGGUGGAGGGACCGCUGUACACCGUGUGUGGCACGCCGACCUACGUCGCCCCGGAGAUCAUCGCUGAGACUGGGUACGGUCUGAAGGUGGACAUCUGGGCGGCAGGUGUGAUCACCUACAUCCUGCUGUGUGGGUUCCCUCCGUUCAGAAGUGAGAACAACAUGCAGGAGGAGCUGUUCGAUCAGAUCCUCAGAGGGAAGCUGGAGUUCCCGUCCCCAGACUGGGACACCAUCAGCAUGCCAGCCAAGAUGCUGAUUAGUCAGAUGCUGCAGGUGAACGUGGACACUCGUUUUACUGCUGAGGAGGUCCUGUCACACCCCUGGGUGACGGAUGAGGCUCCCGCAGACUCCAACACUGUGAGCAGCACUGAGGACCAGACCAGCGGAGACACUCUGGAACCAGAGCACGACUCCCCAGUCCUGGAAACCAAACAGGUUCCUUCACCUCUGGUCUAAAUCACACCCCCGCUUUCAUCAACUGGAACGCCAUAAAGCCCCCCCACCCCGAACCAGAUGAGUUCCCUGAAAUCCAGACCAGUGUAGGGCCUGUUUUCACCUAUUGGACUCCAAAUAACUUCUUUAAAACUAAGAAACAUCACAUUUUAACAACCGGAACCCGAAUCCGUUCCCUCACCUCUGCUCCACAAGCCAAACGAGUUUCAUUUCUUUUCUGGUCUACAUCGCGCCCAGUAAGUGGAAACUGAACGCCUCACUGCUGGUCUGGAAGCGUCUUACUGCUUCCCCUGGACACUGAACCACUUCCUUCAUUCUUCUUCUGGAAAGCAUCCAGUUUCAUCUGCUCGACAGACCGACUCUGAUCUGGAAUCAGUCCUGGUCUCCACAGGAGCGGUCCUCACCUCUGGUCUGCCCCACAGCAUUAUGGUCUACUGAGGACUUAACAGUCCCGCCUCUGCUGCUGCUGCUCUGGAAAGUAUUUCUCUCUGACGGGCCCCACCUUGUCAGGCUGAAGAGUCACCUCACUGCUGCUCAAAGGACGCCCACGAUGCCGACGCUCGGACACCGCGAAGGUGCUACUGGAGCCAUUUCCUGAAAAUGGGCAUUACCUCCGGUCUCAAGCCACUUUUCAUAAGGAUAUAAACGAACGAUCCUUCUGGAUUAUUUUCUUUGUAGUCUCCGCCGCUUGGCGACCAGGUUGUCUUCCACUGGUUCUGGGAAACGUCCCAUUUCUCCUGCCUUUACCCUCCGGCUGUUUACGCUGCUGAUGAAUUCCUCUCAGUGUCCCACAUGUCAGCCCCUCCGGAGGUUGGACCCACCAGAAUCCGGCUGUGGUCUCCCAUCUGUGCAGACAGAUGAUUAGAUUUUUACACAUUUUCACAAAAAUGUACUUUAGACUGACUUAACGGAAUAGUUUCACCUUUUGAGAAAUGGAUGGCAGAUGCUCACGUCUGCACAUUAAACAUGGAGUUCAGUGGUGAUUAGCCUAGCUUAGCUUAGCUUAGCCUAAAGGUAAUGUGGGAAAAUAGGCAGUCUGGCCUUUUUUCUAGGAUGGCAAAGGUGUGGCCUCCCCUGCGCUGCCUCUCAUUGGCAAGUAGUCGUUUGAGGGGGUUUAAGUGUGAGGAGAGAUGAUUGGUUAGGGUCAGCGUGAGAUUUCAGGAUAGGCCAAUCAAAGGCAGAGCAGGGCCUGCACCUCUAAGGCUCACAAAUGAACACGUUUUAUUUCCUUUACUCAAUCUAGCGUAAAAACUGUCACCAUGCCAACAAAUUGUUCCUCCGCCUGACGUCCUGAGAAAACCACAAAGUGUUGUUUUUAGAAGAAUUUAGCAAACAGAUUAAAGAAAGAUGAGACCAACCAAAAAACUCCUCAGAACAAUAAGCCUGACCUGCACGGACUCCGGAGUCGUCCUCCACUGAGGGACACUUCCCGUCACCUGCCUCCCAGACCCCACAGACCCCCAGACCCCCCCGCCCCCAAGUCUUCGUACUGUAACUCGGAGGAACUCGGUGACUUUUAAUCUGCCUGCAGUGCGAUGAGACGACGAGCCUCUCGGCCUGCAGAGGAGCGAACGUGUUGUACAUGCUGUAAAUAUCACCCUGUCUGUUGCCGUCUGUCUGUGCGAGUCAGUUGUGAAGUAGGGAAACUGUAGCAAAAAUAAUGAAAAAAAAAAAAUACUCAAGUGAAAAGAAAUAAUCUCAUCAUAAACAUGAUGCGUCAGCACCCCGAACAAACCUUCUUUAGCCGAGAUUUUUAACUCUGAUUGACGCGCUUUGACAUUUUAAAUGUGCAGUGGUGGAAUGAAACCAAGUACUCAGGUACUGUACUUAAGUAUCAGUAUUUUAGUUGAGUAUUCGCGUUUCAUUUGUACUGUACUGUCACAGUUGAAUAACCAGUUAGAUGUUGAGCAGAUUAAUCGACGGUGGAGGUGAAUGAUUAGCUGCCAUGUAAACUCACAGGAGGAAUUUUCCUACUUUUACACUUUCAAUGGAGGACUUGUACUUGUAAUGCAGUAUUUUUACUGCGUGGUAUUAAUAGUUUUUGCUUAAGUAAAGGAUCUGAGUACUUCCUCUACCACCGACACUGUGUUUUUCACUGAUUAUCUCAAGUAAAAUAAAAUAAAAAAGGUUUUAGUGGGUCGCUGACGAAUGUAAAGCGUUCUUACCUGAGAGUCGAGUUCUGCCUGGCAACAGAGGACUGACGAAUCUCUUUCCUUAUAUGGUCAUGUGACACAGUGGGUCAUCCGUCAAUCAUCCAUCCACACAUCCGUCAUGUUGUCUGUUGAUGUUACUGGUGAGAAGAAUCAGAGGAUGAGAGUGUGUGUGUGUGUUUGUGUGUGUGUGUGCACAUCAAGUGAAGGGGCUCACCUUUUGAAAAACUUGAAGGGAAGCCGUCGUCACCUGGAUUGAUGUGUCGACCUGAUGCAGUGUUACGACCUUACCGUGACCUUUGAACUCAGCACGACCUUUCCAUGGCCUUGACCUCCGGCCGGGGUCACCGACUGAAAAAGCUUGGCUGUCGCAGACGACUGAAUCUUGGCGUUUUGACGGCCGAACGCGUUAGAAGCUUCUACGGAAGCCCUGAGGGGCGGAUCAGAGCUGCACGUUCUUGUGUUGCGACGGCAGCCAGACUCUUUGGAUCGGCGGCUCGGCCUUUGACCUUCUAUGCCUGUUAUGAACCCAGUAGUCUUAAUUGUUUUCUCGUUGCUUUAACCCAAACCAAAACGAGCCUUCAAUCGAUGCUGUUGGCGGCGCAGCCACACCUGAGCCUCAAGCUGCCGAAACCGGCUGACGUGCGCGGCGCCACGAGCCUCGAGGUGGCAAACGAGAGCGUCUUUGCGACCUGCAGGACAGUCAGAGUCUGACUGGCUCAGAGUGAGAGUCACGUGACCUCCUGAAGUGAAGCGUUCACUGAACCUUCAGGUGUUCUGUCAACACAAACGUCAGGAUCCUGGCUUACUGGGUUUCACAGCGACUUGACUCAGGGUGGCUGCAGCUCUUUGGCCCUUUGUGUGUGUGUGUGUUUUUAUCUAAUGCAGAGUGUGUGUGUGUGUGUGUGUGUGUGUGAGAUCAUUUCACAUCAUGCCUCAUGUUAGACAGGAACUGUUUUGAUUUUUUUCCUUUUUUAAACUCAAUAAGUGCAGUAGAUGAAUUAGGGUUUGGAAGCGAACUGGGCCGGUCUUCCUCAAGGGAGCCUCAUGAGCAGAGCGGAGAGGAGGACUCGACAUGGAUCUGUGCACUACAUUCUGAAGACAAAACGCUUUGGUGAAUGAGUCGACUGAACCCCGCUGAGCCUUAAAAACUGGCAACUAGAACAUGUAAAAGAUGUGAUUUGUCGAUUUCUUCAUGAAAUUGAGCAAAUAUGCACUUUGAGGAUUUUCAGACCUCAGCUGUUCUCUCUGAGACCCUUUUAGGAAAACGAGUCCCGGCUCGCAGCGGACGGAGACGUGAGGCGGUCGGUGUUGUCGAGGCCGCGGCUGUAGACGUGUGUUAAUGCUAACGAUGAUCUGUACUGUGACGUGUGCUGACAUGAAACGUGUGUGUUUGGUGGGUUCGCGACGCCCCGAUUCGGGCGGAGAAAAGAAGCUUUGAGCUGUGGAAAUAAAAGCUGAUGCAGAAGCAUCGCGUCGA